AUGAAGAGAUCCUCGCGCAGCUCAACAGGAGACGAACAGCAAAUCGCUACAUAUGGUGGCGAUAUAUCACAAGACAGCGAGGAACUUGAACGGGCAAAAUUCCUAGCGCUAUGCAUUAACACGGGUACCAUACAUAAGACACAAGCGGAGACCGAUAUGUCCAGCGUGAAGUCAGACGCAAUCGCGUUCAGUAUGCAGAAGGAUCAGUAUCUCAAGACGCGAGGAAUACGCUCACGGUUCAAUUUCUUAAUUGAGCCCAUCACUAUUGAAUUAAUUCAAUUCACGCUUUGGAAUCUGCAGGGUGGUUAUAUCUCUGUCUGCGACCGACUGAAUUGCAUUCCUCCGGACAACUGCCAUAACUAUGAGUUCUCUAGACCACCGAUACGGCAUCCGUCCAUGCCCCCAGAAAUCUUCAUUCACUAUCUGAAUCACGACAAAGGGGAUUUGAACCCCAUUCGAAACGAUUGGCUUCCUCGCCUGCCUAAGCGGAAGGACAAAAGAGUGAUCGACUGCGGUGAGGCGUGCUUGGGAUGGAGAAUGCAUAUGAUCGAAGGACCAAAUCGCGAGGUGAUCUUUUCGAUUAUGAUGAUUACAAUACUCGCAAGCAUUUUGACUGGAAUCCUGUGGGCGACCCUUCGAAAUGAUGUCCAGGGGGGGAAUCUCGAUGGCACAGAUAGCUUGUUACGCGCUGAAAGAGGGGUGUGCAGCCAACUGCCUAUAUCCCCUGCCGACAAUUUCGUGACGACUACUUCCAAUCUCCCUGUAACCCGCCCUCAGCAGUACUCCAAUACAGAACUUCUCCUCCAGGCAGCCUUGGAUGGAGAUACUGAAGCAGUGCGGAGGUUGUUUACUGCCGGAGCCGACCUUGCGUCAUACAGACACCAAGCUGAAUAUAUGAAGGAAGAAUCGAAAAAAAUUCAUAUCCUUUACCCUCACACAGACUACAAAAGAGACGCGCUCGAGGGCACAACUGCACUCCACUUGGCAGCAUACGGCGGCCACUUUGAAGUGGUAAAGCUCCUUAUCCAUGCUGGAGCGGAUGUCUUUGCAUUCGAUUUCCCUGGCUUGACGGCUUUACAUUGGGCUGCCUAUAAAGGGCACCAAGACAUAGUGGCUCUGCUACUCGAGAAUGGAGCCAACCCAUCAAGCCUUCCCUACCAUUUGAUGGACACACUCGGUGAUCCAACAGCAAAAGGCAGCUUUUGGACUGGGGGGGCUGACCUUCAUAUGGAAGGCCUUGGAACACCUCAUACUGCACUAGAAGCAGCAGCUGGUCGAGGUAAUGGGGAGUCAAUUAAAUUGCUCAGGAAUUCGGGCGCUCAUGCUAGUCAAAGAGCCUUGAAUCUGGCAGUCUCCUCUGCACAUACGGAAGCUGCAAGAAUUCUCCUGGACGCCGGGGUUACUGCUUCCCUACCGGACCCAUCAGGAUUGUUGCCACUGAAUAGGGCAGCUUCCUUGGGCCAUGAGACAAUCGUACGUCUCCUCCUCGAAGCCAGAGCAGAUAUAAAUUUGGUGGAUGUCACUGGAGAAUCAGCACUGCAUCUGGCAGCUUCCGGAGGCCAUAGCUCUGUUGUGCAGCUUCUUAUCAAUGCUGGAGCCAGUACAACUUCAUUGGACGAAAGGGGGAUGACACCAUUACAUCACGCGUCUCAAGGAGGGAAUCUGAGAGCAGUCCAGCUCUUACUUGAUCACAAUAGUAUAUCGGAAUCUCAUCAGGAUUUCAACCAGCUUACAGCAUUGCACAGUGCCGCAAAUUGCGGCAACGUCGAGGCAUUUAGUGAACUUCUUGAUGCCUUUGAGAACGCUGACGCACUGGCUACAUCCGCACCAAUGCCGAUAUUCCACUUGUCCUUUGGACAAGUAGUGGAAAGAAAACAAAUUGUUCACACUGGUCCACUUCUUCAUCACGCUGCAUAUGGUGGAAGUCAGCAAAUCCUCUCAAUACUUCUGGAAAGGGAGGUAGACAUCACAGCCAUAGAUGAUCAUGGAAUGACCGCCCUUCACUGGGCUGUCCAAGGUGGUAGAACAGCCACAGCUGCAGCAACAAUACAGCAACUACUUGACGCUGGAGUCGACUUGUUUGCACGUGACAACUGUGGAAGAACUGCACUUAACUGGGCAUCCUUUCCACCCCGGUUUGAUGAACUUCUUCGUCGGGAAGAAGGUUCUGCUAUCGCUCCUGUAAUUACACCGACUCACAUGAGUAGCUUGACAUCACUUCAUGUAGCUGCCCGAAAUGGACAACAAAUUGAGAUAGGUGAUUUGAUUUCCGAGGGAAUCGAUCCUUCCCUCCCUGAUGGCACUGCAACUCCUCGCGGCGGGAGCUGA